AUGAUUCGAUCUUCGAUUCGUCAGUUUGUUUGGUAUUCUAUUGGUAACGGUCGGGACACUAAUGCGUGGUAUGAUAACUGGUGUGACCAUAGCCCUUUGGGCGAUUUCAUUACCCCUAGACGAAUACAUGGAGCGGGUUUUAAUAUGCAAUCUUCUGUGGCAGAUCUUGUAGGUAGCCUCAAUGAAUGGAUAUGGCCGGAUACAUGGUUUCAGUUAUACCCGGUUCUCACGAACUUUAUUCCUCCGGCUCUUAACCAAAAUUCGGACAAGCUGAUUUGGAAAGAUGGUCAACAUAUGCAAAAGGAGUUUAGUGCUAGUGAGGUUUGGGAUAAUAUCCGUUCGCGUGGGGAAGAGGUGAACUGGGCUGAAUUGGUGUGGUUUAGUCAAUGUAUCCCUAGACACUCUUUUCACAUGUGGCUUGUCAUCAAAAACAAGCUGAAAACCCAGGAUCGUAUGAGGAUUUGGGAUGCUGGAAGUGCUACUAAUCUUAAUCUGAUGUGUUGUCCUCUUUGCAGGAAGGGUAAAGACUCUCGGGAUCAUUUAUUCUUUCAGUGUGCUUAUGGGGAACAAGUGUGGAAUAUGGUUAAAACUAUGGCUUAUAUGGAUGUAGUGGAUGCUAAUUGGGACUCUAUAAUGACUUGGUUCUCACAGCAUAGAUCGAGUAAGUCGCCUGAAGUUUUAGUUGGUAAAAUGGUGGUGGCUGCAUCUACUUACUUCAUUUGGCAAGAAAGAAACAAUAGAUUAUUCACUCCAAAUCAAAGGAAGGCUGCGUUGCUUGCUGAUAUAGUCUUGCAUACGGUGCGUAUGAAGCUGAUGACAUUCAAAGCAGGAAAAGGUUCCAAGAAUCCGUUAGUUUUAGAGCGGUGGAAGUUCCAAGUGAAGUCUAUGAGCAUCGAUCCAGGCUAG